UUUUUUUUCUUUUAUUUGUUAAUAUAAUAAAUUAAUUAAUUUCCUGGUUGAAAUAAGUUUUUUAAAUAAUGUCAUUUUCAAAAGCAAAAAUAUUAAGGUUCAAUGAACGAGGCAGUGAAGCACCAGCACCUGGAUCAUAUGAUCCAAAAUUUGAUAUAAAAGUUAAAGGAUUUACAAUUGAAAAAAAAGAAAGAUUCAAUGACAAUAAAAGUGUUGCAAGUAGUAAUGGUGAUUGCAGUAAAUCAGUAUCAAGCCGAGAUGCACUUCCAAUACCAUCACCAAAAUUUAGAACUCCACAAUUACCAAAAAAACGUAUUACAACAAAACCAACAAGUGCUGGAAGUUCUCUGACUAAAACAACAACAAGAAUUCCUAUUAUUAAACAAUUAAAAUAUGAUACACAUGAUGAAGUAGCUGAUUUAAAAGUUGAAUGUAACAAUAAAGACAUGACAAUUCGUGAACAAGAAAAAUACAUUGAUGAAAUGAAAAUUGAAAUUAAAAAUUUGGAAAAAAAAGUAUCUCAAUUGAAUGAUAAACAAAUUAAUAUUGAACAACAACAUAAAAAUGAUAUUGAAUCAAUGAUAAAUGAUUUAAAAAAUAAUCUUGAAUUACGUAGAGUUAUUAUUAAUAAUUUAGAGUGUCAAUUGUUGUCAUUAAAAAAUGAUAUGGAUAAAUUAAAAAUUGACAAUGAUAAACAAAUUGCUGAUUUAAUUGAAAGGUCAAAUGUAAAUAGUGAAAAAAAACAUGAUAAUAAUGAUGAUUAUCAAUUUAUGGAUAAUGUUUUAUCAAGAGAAUUGCAUGAUUUUGAAAUGAUUUACGAAGACGUAAAACUGGGACAUCAAGAGGUUGAAGUUGAGGCUGAGACCGAAGUUGAUUCUGGUAAUAAUACUGGUGAAUCGUUAAUUGAAAAUCAAUCUCAUGAAAAUUUAUUUGAUUCUUUUGUUGCCAAUGAAAAAAAUGAAUUGAAUAAAAAAAUUGCUGAAAAAGAUGCUCAAAUUUUACGACUUGAAACAGCUCUUGAUGAUUUAACUUAUAGUACUGCAACUCAGGCAAGUUUUUGUCAAAGUUUGCAAGAAGAAUUGGAUCGUGCUGAAGUUGAACUUUCAGAAAAAAAAAAAGAAAUAAAAGACAUGAAACAAGAAAUGCGAGAAGAAGCUGCUAAAUUAGUAUCAAGACGUAAAAAACUUGAUGUUAUAAUGGAAGAUAAUCAAGCAACUGUUGCUGCAUUGUCAAAACGUCUUAAUGAUAGUAAUGUAGAAAUAGAAAGACUUGAAAAUGAAUUAAAAUUCAAUAAAGAUUUAGUUGAAGAAUACAAAAAUUCACUUGAUGCAUUGCAAAAAAGUUCAAAUAAUGUUAAUGAAAAAUUAAAUUCAUUUAUAACACAAAUGAAUUCAAAAAAAGAUCUGAUUGAAGAAAUUGAAAUAAACAGUAUUGCUGAUAUUGAAUCAUUGAAAAUAAUAUUUGAGGAAAAAAUUGAUAAAUUAAAAGAAAUAUCAGAGCAAGAAAUUUUAAAAAUUCAAAAUAUAUGUCUUGAAAAAGAACAAUUAAAUAAAAAGCUCAAACAACAAUUGGCUGAAAUGGCUGAUAAAUUACAAUCAGCCCAAAAUAUGUUGUUAUUAUUAGAAGAACACAGUGAUGCACAAUUAAUUAAAAUAUCUCAACUUCAGCUUGCUAAAGAAAAAUUGAGUCAUUCAAUGAAAAUAAAUGCAACAGAAAUUUUACAAAUUAAAAAUCAAUUGAAUGAUGAAAUUGAAAAUAAUAAAAUUUCAACAAAACAAGGAGAAGAUUGUGUCAAUGAUUUGAUGGAAAAAAUUGAAAACAUGAAAAAAGAUUUAUCAUAUUAUGAGAAUGCCAAAUUGAGUAUGGAGGAGGAACACAUAAAAAGUCUUGAAAAUGAAAAAUCACUGAGAAAAAUUGCAGAAGAAAAAAUAAACAAAUUGACGGAAUCAAAUUUACAAUUACACAAAAAUUAUCAAGAAAUGACAAAUAAAUAUACUGAAAUAUUAAGCCAAAAAAAUGAACAACAAAAUAUUAAAAAUUAUAAUCAACUAAAGGAUACAUUAAAAAUAAUUGAAAAGGAUUUGGAUGAAAAAAAUUAUUUGAUUGAUCAGCAAUCAAAAAUCAUUGAAAAAUUACAGACAGAUGAAAAAAGAAGAUUAACACAUAUUAAAGGAAAAGAAAAUUUAUCAAAAUCACAAAUAUCAAAAAGUCCAUUUGGUACACCAGUUUCGUCACCUCAUAAACCACUAACACCACUAAGAGAUCGAAAUGAAUAA